CGGGUCCUUCCUCAAUCUUAAGGUGGCGACGCCAGGAGCCUUAGCUCUUGCUGUGGACCUGAGAUGAUCUAAAGCCGGGGACUCCGCCUCAUGUCGAAGCUAAGCCGGGCCACUCGGGCCCUCAGGAAGCCCGAGGCCGGCGGCGUGAUCCGGACCAUCGUGCGGGCAGGCCAGGCCAUGCCCGGGCCCCCACUAGGCCCCGUCCUGGGUCAGCGAGGCGUUUCCAUCAACCAGUUCUGUAAGGAGUUCAACGAGAAGACCAAGGACAUCAAAGAAGGCAUUCCUCUGCCUACCAAGAUUUUUGUGAAGCCUGACAGGACAUUUGAAAUCAAAAUUGGCCAACCCACUGUUUCCUACUUCCUGAAGGCAGCUGCUGGGAUUGAGAAGGGGGCCCGGAACACAGGGAAAGAGGUGGCAGGCCUAGUGACACUGAAGCACGUGUAUGAAAUCGCCCGUGUCAAAGCUCAGGAUGACGCCUUCGCCUUGCAGGAUGUGCCCCUGUCCUCUGUUGUCCGCUCCAUCAUUGGCUCUGCCCGUUCCCUGGGCAUUCGUGUGGUGAAGGACCUCAGUUCAGAAGAGCUGGCAGCUUUCCAGAAGGAGCGAGCCCUGUUCCUGGCUGCUCAGAGAGAGGCAGACUUGGCAGCCCAGGCAGAAGCUGCCAAGAAGUGACCCCUGCCCCCCACCCUCCAGGAUUUUGAAGGGGCCAGUUGGGAAGGCGGGGCCAGCGGGGAGGAAGGGAGGUCACAUCAACCUGAUUAUAUUUUUCUGACUUUAAAUUAUGUAUGCAUGUGUGGUUAUAUCAAAAGGAUCAAAUGUGAAUAAACAUCUUUUGUCACCCGCUCUCAGUUUCUGCCUUGGGACCCCAGAGAAGGGGACCUCAUCCACGCAGAGCGACUGCCCAGGAUCUGAAUUGGCAGGGGUAGCAGAAAAUCCUGUGUUUUCCCAUUUUCCAGGGGUGAGAGAAAGGGCAAGGUAGGUGGGGGCAUGGCUGCUGGACUUGGGUGUACAGAGGCAGCAGAUGUUGUUUCUGCUUCCAUCAGAAAUGCCUCCUAUCUCUUGGGGACUUGCCACCUCAACAGAGACAGAACCCUUUGGGGACUUCAGGUCACAGCCCCAAGCAGGGUUGCUACAUGGAGUGCCCUGGAUCCCAAGGGCUACUUCAGGCCCCUCUAUUAAGCUGACCCUGGCUCUGAGUCAGGUGAUAUCUGAAUGUGAAUUAUUGUGGGGUUUAUGGCUACAGACCCAUGGAAGAAGCAAAGCAUCGGUAGGUACCUGCCCAUGGUGGGAGGAGUCCUUGGGAAGCCCUGGCCUUUUGUUUUUCCAUUAGUCAUAAUAUCAAGGACUAUUGUCUCCUCAGAGAAAAGAGGAGGAGUUGGGGGGAAAAUGGGAUUCACAUUUACUAAGCACCUGUUGUGUGCUAGGUACUUGGUUUUACACCGAGAAGAUUUGGAAAGCAUAGAAAAAACCCUACAAGAAAAGAAAAGCCUCAAGUAAUCCCCUCACCUAGAUGAGAUUCCUGGCAAUAUUGUGGUAUAUAUCUUUUCUGCUUGUUUUUUUUUCUUUGUGUUUAUAUAUAAUACUUUAAGAAUAAAACAAAUUUGGGUCAUACUCUAGA